GAAGAGGUUAGCUGUCUCAUGCCUUGUCUAGUUUUCAAAAUAUAAAGAGGCGCCAGACCUCUUGCUGCUGCUAUUUAUACUCCUGCACAUGCUCACAUUCAAGGUUAAUAGAGAGUGCAUGGACCGGUCUGAAUGCAGGAAGUUGCAUCAUGAACGGUAGAGAGGUUGCCCUCUUCUGGACUUGGAUGGGUACUAAGUGUGUAGAUGUGCAUGUUUGUGUGUGUGUGUGUUUGUGUGUAAGAGAGGGCCUACAUGUUCUUUCACAGCUCCUCUCUACCCAUGAAGGGCAGACACGAAUAUGCGCUGACACAGUUUGUGUAUCGUGGUUUUGCAGCAAGGACAGGGGAGCCUCCUGCUGAAGAGGAAAGGAACUCAGCUCUCUGAUUUCAGCAGGUUGAACAGCAGAGGAUUCUGGAGAAGAUGACACAGACUGGCAGUCUCUCCCUCUCUCUUCACCGGCUGUUUGAGAUACAUGCACAUGGAUUCGGCUGCACCUUUGUGUUCUUGUGUGCUUGAAUAAGGAUUCACACAUGUCCAACAAUAUUCCAGAGUUCAGUCUCUGAGGUUUUCAAGUCCUUUCCUCUGCCACCUGCACAGUUGUAUUGCUCUUGUGUGGACAAAGGCACUAUGGGAAACAUAGUCCAAUGCUGUCACACACUGUCAAACUACUGUAAGUGUAAGGAUGCAGCAGUCCAGGGUGAGGCGGAAAGAUCCCCUCUGCUAUCCAGUGAUGAGAGUGAAUGUAAAUUGCUGUCCGACGACUCGGAGGACGAUCUGUUAACCGCCUCCACCGGCGUGACAAACCCCGCCCUCGAACCAGAGCACUUUCUGUUUCCUGACAUCGUCCUAAGUAGCACACUGGGAGGGGACGUGACUCUGGUGGAGCCGAUGGUGUGUCUGCUGGUGUCUGAGGAGGAAGAGGGAGUGAGGGUGGAUGAGACGGGAGAUGAAGGACAAGAGAGGAGCAACAGGUGGAGAAACAGGGGGGUUUCUGAGGUGGAGACACAGACCGAAGUGGACACACAAAUCGUUAUGGGGGUGCAGACUCAGACUGAGUCACAGGAAGAAGUUCAGGCAACAGAAAUACGUGAAUGCGACAUUGAGACUGUAGAGAGUAAAGUAAACACACUAGUGAAUACUGGCAUUACAGAAGAGAUGGUUGUGGAUGUUUGGGAAGAACAGGAAAUACUGAGACAGGUGGAUGUGCUCUUGGAGGCACAAACAUCCCGAGAGAAACAAUCAGAAAUUGUCACUAAAGUGAUGUCAGAGAAACAAAAGAAAGGGAUAGACUCUGGACCCUGGGCUGACAUGGAUAUUUUUGUUGAGGUGCCAGGGAAGGUGGGAAGACAAACAGAAGAAAACAAAUUGGCCUUUGGAGAUAUAGACAAGGAAGCCAAGCAAGAGCGGAAAGAGAAUCACAUCCAUGAAGAACUGACCUCCACUUCAACAAAGCAUAUAUUUCAAACAGAACAAAAUGCAGAGCUUAUAGAUAAGUUAAACACUGAUGAAGAAAGUGUUUUUAAGUUACAAAAAGAUAAUUUUACUGCUCAGGAAAAUACAGACUUUGCCUGGACAGAGCCGACACAGGAGAAUGUUAAAGACAAACUACAUAACAUUAAUUCAGAGUCUGAGAAGGGGACUGAACACAUUAACAAUAUGGAUGAGAACAUUAAGUCACAAAAGGAUAUUCAGCUGACAAAAUACAGCAUCAAAAGCGCUGGCAUUGUGGAUAGCUUUGACCCUGCUGAGUGUGGUGUAGACCUGACACAAAAGAGCGAUCCGGAUGAUAAAGAGAUGGGACAGGCGACUGUGGCAUCAGAUCAGAAUGUAAAUGAAAUGGGCUGUAACAUUAAUCAUGGAAAAACAAACAAUCUGUCUGAGGACCUUACGAAUCAGUCAGAUGGAAGUACAGAAUAUAUUCAUUGCCAGGAACCGGCAAAAAUGGAAGAGGAGGACAAAAAGACAGCUCUGUCUGAGAUGAAGAAAACCUUGUUCUUAAUUGACAGGCUGUUUCUGGCAGCACCACAUGUCAAAGCGCCUCCAGGUCAAUAUGAAGAAAGCCCUGAGGAUGGUCGCCCACAGCAGUCUGAUGCAGAUAAAAGGAAACUCAGCAUCAGUGACAUAGAUCUCCAAGGGACAGACUUUACUGUCAAAAUUCAACCUCCUGGAACAGAAAGCUUUGAGCUUCAGGUCUCAGGCCAGAUGUUGGUGGAGGAGCUGCACCAGGUGCUGAUGGAGCACGAGAUCACCUGCCAUCGCACAUGCUUUUCCCUCCAACUGGGAGGCAUCAUGCUCGACAGCCUCACAGAGCUACGCUCUAUCCAGGGCAUCCAGGACAGAGUGCAGAUCAAGGUGGUGGAAGAUUCCUACACAGUGCGUGAUGCUCGUCUUCAUCUCAGACAUGUUCGUGAUCUUCUGAGGAGCCUUGACCCCGCAGAUGCAUACAACGGAGUAAACUGCCGCUCACUCUCUUACCUGACGUUUUACACCAGAGGAGACAGAGAUAGUGACAGGUUAGUGAACAGGGGAGCUUCUGAAAAGGAGUCCUUUGACUGCAGCCCUCCAGAAUACAUCCUCCCUGGAUGUAAGGACCGACCACUUACACCACUGCAGCCACUCAGAGAUGACUGGAAGCCAUUACAGUGUCUGCGGGUUUUGACCAUGAGCAGCUGGAAUCCACCUCCAGGAAACAGGAAGAUGCAUGGGGACUUAAUGUACAUCAAUGUCCUGACAAUGGAGAACAGAGAACUCAACAUAACAUCCUCUACACGCGGCUUCUACCUCAACCAGUCAACUGCCUUCAACUUCAACCCAAAACCUGCAGUUCCCAAAAUCCUUUGCCACUCUCUAGUUGAGCUGCUGAGUCAAGUCAGCCCUGCUUUCAGAAAAACCUUCAGUGUCCUGCAGAAGAAGAGAGUUCAACAACACCCUUUUGAGCGGAUCGCAGCUCCUUUCCAGGUGUUCACCUGGGUCGCCCGUCAUGGAGAUCACACCCUCGAUUGUGUCAGAGAAGAAGAGACACACACCAGUCGCAUGGGCCAGGACGAGCACACAGCUGGGCAGAGUCGGGACUGGAAUGAGGAGCUGCAAGGAUGCAGGGAACUUACCAGAAACUCCCUUCAGGAGCGCCUGCAGAGAGAGAGGAGCAUAUUUAAGACCAACAGUGACUUUGUUGCCGCUGCAACACGGGGUGCUGUAACUGUUAUAGACGGUAAUGUCAUGCCGUUAAACCCAGGGGAGGUGCCUCAUAUGCAGAUGUUCAUCUGGAACAACCUGUUCUUCAGCCUGGGGUUCGACAUAGCUGAGCACUACCGCCCACUAGGGGGCAACCCUGCUGCUCAUGCUGCUGCCCUGUGUGACCUGAGAGGAGCACAGGCAUAUGCAUCUGUGGACAUAGAGGGGCUUCACACACUUGGAACAGCUGUGGUGGAUUAUCGUGGAAUCCGUGUUAUCGCUCAGACCAUCGUUCCUGGGAUACUGGAGAAAAAUCAAGAGCAGUGUGUUGUCUAUGGCUCUAAUGACUAUGGAAAAACUGUUUUUACACACCCCAGAUUUCUGAAGCUUCUGGAUAAAACGAGUAAACCGCUAAGAAUCCAACGUCACAAAGUGCUCGACCACAGAAACAGCCCAGUGGAACUUUGCUCUGGCAUCGAGACCAAAGGCAUCCUGGGUAAUGACGGAAGACCCUACAUCUUGGACCUUCUCCGAACCUUCCCCCCUGACCUUAACUUCCAGUUCUCAGAGACAGAGGAGAGGAGGGAGGUGCCGAAAGAGUGUCAGAGCUUUGGUUACCCACGGCAACAUCAUCACAGCUUGGCCAGCCUGAGACCAGAGCUGAUAGAGGCCUUCGUCCAGCAUAGGUAUGAACUUUAUGUCAAGAUGGUGUCCCAGGGGCUCAUUCAGCCAGAAGAACAAGAUAAAUCCACGGAGAAGAGUGAAGAGCCGCUCUGUGAGCCGAGAACUGGGGAAACAGCCACAGCCGGUGCUGACAUGGAAAAUGGGAUUAGGAAAGCUUGUGAGGCUGUCCGAUCCGUGAGUGACUCCAGCUUUGACAUCCGCUUCAAUCCUAAUGUUUGCUCUCCAGGCGUUCGUUUCUCCUCUGAGUGUGUUGGGGAGGUUCAGAAGCAGAGACAGUUGUUAUGGGACACGGCUGCUUUUCUACUGUCCAAUCAGAUUGCAGCAGUGCUUAGGGAUUGUCUCAACCACACAGUAGUGCCAAUGGAUGGAGAAACCCUGACCUCAGUGCUGCACCAGCGAGGCGUGAACGUACGGUACCUGGGCACCUUACUGACUGAGCUGGACAGGGUGGAAGAGAGAGAGAAACUCAGCCACAUAAAGAGAAUUUCUAUCAGUGAAGUCAUCAUCAGAAGUGCAAAACACAUCUUUAGGACCUAUCUACAGGAUGUGGAACCAGCAGCUUUCUCAGCUGCCGUCAGUCACUUCCUAAACUGCCUCUUGAGCUCCUCCUCCUGUCUCACCGACUCCUCCUCAGAUGAGUUGCUCUCUCGCCGCAGGAGCAGACGGCGAAGGAGCCACGGGAGUCGAGUCAUCUUGUUGACAGACAGUGUGUGGGCCAGACUAACGCCCAGUGAGCUGUGGGGCCGGAUCAGGACUGAGGCUGGAGUUUAUUACCACUACACAAUUGACAGUGAAAGUGUAGAUGAAGUAAUAGAAAAGCACAGCCUUCAGAGGAUCUCCUUACUGAGAGAGAUUGCCAUCAAGACGGGCAUCCAGGUGCAGCUGAGGGAGUAUGUGUUUGAGUCUCGCCACAGGCCAGUGUUUGGCGAGGAAGAUGUCAUCAACAUGUUCCCUGUGGUCAAACAUCUCAAACUUACAGCAACGGAUGCCACGCAACUUGUGCAACACGCACAGGUGGCAGUACAGCAGGGGCAACUCAAAGAUGGCUAUGAAUUGAUUAGCCAUGCCCUGACUCUGUUCAGCAGCGUGUGUGGGGUCCUGCAUGAGGACGUGUGCAUGUGCCUGCGUCUCCUGGGACAGAUCUGCUACAUCCUGGGGGAAUAUGCAGAUGCCCUCAGCCACCAGGAAAAGGUUGUUAUGACUACUGAGAGAAUAAAAGGUAUAGAUCAUCCACAGACCAUACAAGAGUAUAUUUACCUGGCCCUGUACUGCUUUGCUGGAGGCCGACAUUCAACCUCCCUACAGCUGCUGUAUCGCGCUCGGUACCUCACACUGCUUGUGAGUGGAGAAGACCAUCCCCAAGUCGCACACCUGGAUAGUAUGCUGGGUCUAGUACUUCAUGGACUGAUGGAGUAUGAGCUUUCCUUGAAGUUUCUACAGAAUGCCUUCAUUUCAACCUCAAAAUACCACGGUGCCAUAUCCCUAAAGCAUGCACACAGUCAUCAUCUGCUCGCCACUGUGUACGAGAGUAAAGGAGAGUUUCGAUCAGCUCUUCAACACGAGAAAGAAGCAUAUUCGAUAUAUAAAAUCCAGAUUGGGGAGAACCAUGAUAGUACAAAGGAAAGCUCAGAGUACCUGAGGAGCCUCACUCAGCAGGCUGUGAUCCUCCAGAAAGCCAUCAAUCAUAUCUACAGCAACACACCCAGUGCCUGUAUUCCACCUCCAAAGUUUUCCACACCCAGCCCUCUCACAAUCCUUCACCAGCUCAACCUGACAUGUGGAAUCAUUCUCAUUCCCCUCAGUGCAAAAGAAAUUGCAGACCUGAGGACUAAAUUAAAGGGAAAGUAAAAUGUUUAAAUGGAAAAUAAAGAACUGCAGACAACAACCUUGAAGUAUGGACCAAAGGGAGAAAAUAUUACAAUAGAACAUCUGUGUAGUCAGCCGGACUCCUGAAAAUGACCAUGGACAAAGAGCAACUAUGGCAAAUGGAAGCCUGGAAAAGGGCUGGUGUUAAGUAGCCUACUUAAGAAAACAACUAAAUAAGUUAGUAAGGAAAUUUGUUUUUUGUAGAUUAUUUCUGUGUUUUAACAAUGAUCAUAGGCAAUGCACCUUAUAUCAUUGGAAAGCCUGAUUAUUUCCAUUUUAAAAGGUGACAUAUUUGUAAGGAACAUGCAUUUGUGGGAUUAGCAGCAAAACUGAGCAUGUGGGUUGCGCCUAGAAAAAUUUGCCAAAUCUUCACUGAGAGUGCCGAAAUGCUUUUCUUUGUUCGUUCCUGUUUGGAGUUGAUUGGUAGAUUGGGUGAUUGAAGAUUGAAGGCCACCCAAGCUGAUCCUACAAGUGUUCAAUGGGUAGAGGUCAGGACUGCAAGCAAGCCAUUGCAUCCUCUCCACUCCCACAUUCUGGAGGUAGCCUCUGCUAAACCUCGCUCUGUGGGGAUGAUGAGCGUUGUCAUCUUGGAGGAUUUAGUUUGGUCCCAGACUGUGGAGAUAUGGGAUUGCCAUUGGUUGCAGAAAUUCAUCUUGAUAAACCAAUAAACAGAUAUGUCCUGUUACUUCAGACUUCAAAUCACCCAAUCCACAAAACAAGAGUCAACAAAGAAAAACUGUUUGGUAUUACAGAGAAUAUUUGGCAAUUAUUUCAUGGACGCAACCCACAUACUCAGCUCUGCUGCUCAUCCCACAAAUGCAUGUUCCUUACAAAUGUGUCACCAUUUAUAAGGUAUUUAUCAGGUUUUCCAAUGGUAUAAGAUUAAUUGGCAAGAAUACAUUUUACCACAAAAAUAUAAUCUACCAAACACAAAUUGUCUUACUUUCUGUGCAUAGUUUAUUUCCAGUAAGUGCAGAGGCCCUUACUAAAGUGAGACAGGUUCAGCUGUCAUGUUGUAGUCCCCUGUGUGUCCACUGGGUUUCACACUUGUGCCAUUAACACUUUAACACAUUAACAUUCAUAACAUUACCUUUCCAAAUAUUAAAAUAAUUGCUGUGCUUGUUUUGGAUGUGUAUGUCCCUUAUUAUUUAACCCACUUUAAUGUCAUUAUUAUCCAGGUGACUGUAAAAAAAUAGACAUUUGAGCAUCGUAUUUCUUCAUUCUAUUAGAACAAGAAACUUUGUGGCUCUAUAAACUGGCAAUCACAGCAUUACAUUUUGGACUGGUGUCAAGUGAAACUUGGUGGAGUUAGUCCAUUGGCACCUAACAACUAACUGACUGUUAUAUUAAUGAAUACCAUUUGAGAUAUUACCCCAGAUAACUGCUAUUUCAUUACAUGGCUUACAACUUUUUUAGUUAUUCUGAAAUGUAUCCAUAUAGUAAGUGUACAAUUAUUAUAUAUUUUUUAUUUCCUGGGAUUUGUUUCAUUAUUCACUAUCUAUAGAGCACCCGCAUGGUUUGCCUCUAAGUGACAUCUUUACAACAGCCUGUCCUUUUGCUGCUCAUCUCAUUGAGAAACGUGUUUACAAUUCAAAUUUAAACGUGGCUGUAGAAUGAUACAUAACAAUAAAAAAUACCAUAACCAA